AUGAAAGCGAUGAGUAUGGAGCAAAGUGAGCGAGAGCUACCGCGCUCCAUCGAGAAAUUGUUGCAGAAUAUCGAGAAGCCGACAAUAUUGUCACUUUUUAUCAUCACCUCAACUUCACAAUCGGCCACAAAGAUCCGCGAGUCAAAGGCGUGUUCGCCACCGUUUUCGAGAGCUCCCUUUUGGAUUGGCAAGUUGGACAAAAGGCACUGUGACCUACAAUAAUCGACUUUAGGGACAUUAUAAUGCACAAACAAUUCGGCGGCCAUUCCCUGGCCACACGCACCUCCAACUGGCAGAUCUCACUGAACGGCACCGGCUCGCGGGACAUCUACCCGCCCGUCCAUCGCAUUUUCUUCACCGUCAACGUGUUGGACGGCGAGGAGAACAUCACCACGACCCUGAAGUAUUUCAUCAACGGACGACACGUCCAAGUGACGCAGGCGAGAAGCCGGACGCAUCGGAACCGACAGAACGACAACAAGAUCUACGAGACGGAGGCGAAUUCGCAGUUCGGACGGCAGUUGGCACACGCGAUGGACGAGGUGCGCGGCAAGGAUCUCGUGGUGCAGUUGGUGACGCGCAUGGAGUUCCGCAAGAACGAACUGACCGAUGUGAACUUUUUGGUGGGCGAGGGAGCGCCGGAGGUCACCGACAUGAACGCGUUCUACUUCGAUGCUCUCACAAAUAAGUGAGCGAGCUGCACGGUCUCCAGAGCUGAGCGGAAAAACUCAACGGAAGAACUCAACGGAAGAAUUUUUAUCUUUUUUAGAAAAUUUUUUCAUGGAAUGUGAUCAACUGACGAAAUGUAUAGCAAAGUGAACUGUGCUCAUAGAAAAAUAAUUGUAAAUUUGACUUUUCAUACAAAAAAGUUAUUCCUUCCGUCUUCCGUUAGCCCUUUUUCACGGAACAACUCGAAUAACUUUUUUGUAUGAAAAGCUAAAUUUACAAUUAUUUUUCUAUGAGCAGAGUUCACUUUGCUAUACAUUUCGUUAGUUGAUCACAUUUCAUGAAAAAAUUUUCUAAAAAAGAUAAAAAAUUUUCCGUGUUCUUUCGUUGAGUUCUUCCGCUCAACUCUGCUGCCACGAUCUGCAGAGCUGAAAAAAUGGGCGUGGCCUCGGCCAAAUGGCGUUUUCAUGAAUUGAGCAGGUUUUUUUCUGAUUUUUGUGGCCAAAGGCGAUUAAAAAUGAUUGUUCGACAUGAAAACACACUAAUUCUCACAGAAUUAAUGACGUUUUGGCGCAUUUUUCGCGGAUUUUGCUUUUCGCCUUCGCCGCCGAUAGCCGCCUCAGAACAGCACUUCUCAUUUAGCGCUUUCUUGACCGUUUUCAGACAGAAUUGGUUUUGAGAAUGAUAAAUCACGUAAAUACAAGAAUUUUGAGCGCUCGAACCGCGAAAACUACCGAAAAGCAACUGAAAUUCACGCAGUUUUAGCCAAAAACCUUCAAACGGAUAAAUGUUAUUUGCGACUUGACCAAAUUUGACGCUCUUGCGCUUAAAAAGUUCGUAAUAGCCUAUACAAUCGGUCUAUCGAGAGACAAAUGAGAAAUUAUCGGUUUUUCGUGGCUAAUCUGGCAAAAAACACAAAUUUUGCGCCAAUGUAUCGCUUUAUUUGGCGGGGCGCACUUGCGCCCAUUGCAAGCUCUGGAGACCGUGCGAGCGGGAGUUUUAAAAAUGAAGAAGAAUCUUUGAAACAUCUUCAGAUCUCGCCACGACCUGAAACUGAAGACGUCGAACGGUUCGCAGUUUGUGAUGACGAACAAGGAGAUCGUCUGCCUCGCCUCUUCCUAUUUCCGGCAACACCUGAAAGAGCACAGCACCGAGCACACUGUGAGCAGAGCCGACAGUCUGGAGAGCAUCGAAAUUGUCAGUUAUCCCAAACGUCUCUGUAAAACUGAUCUGUUCUGCAGGCUCUGAUUUAUUUGGUCACUGGAAGAUACAAAAAGCCGGCGCAGUUGCCUCCGAGACUCGCGAAAGAAGUGUACGAUUUGGGCAUUCAGUGGAAGGUUUUCGAGAUGAAAGCGCUGAAAAACUCGAUCGAGAAGCACUGCUGCGAAGAGCUCUCGACGAACCGCGACGAUUUUCUGUACGUGUGCAACCUGCUGAUCGCCGCCGAAGAUGCUCAGUUCAUGGGCGUGCUCAACGCGUGCAUCGCCACACUCCUCUUCUAUCACUUUCCCGUCUUCGUGCGCACUUUCAUCUCCGGAGUGCGUCCUAUCGCUUUCAUUCGUCCACUCCCCUCAUGGUUCAAUUCAGAAUCAUCCGCUGAAGGAGCGUCUCUCGCAACGUCGCGAGUUCCACCGUCCGUCGCUGGUGAUGCAGGUGAAGAGGGGAUUCGCCGCCUCGCAGGACAUCCGCAGAUUCGUCAAGUACUUGCCCGAGUUGGGACAGGAUUAG